GUUCUAUUCUAUUUCUAGGUUAGGAUUAACAGUGUUGUCCGUUAUGUGUUUUUAAUUUUAACUUUUUAUUAUUUGGAAAUUUUGUGCUUCAUUGUCUCUGUUUCCGUUAUUUUAUAACAUUAAUAGUUCCAUUAAUUUAUAUAAUAUUAGUCUCAACAAUAACAUGGAUUAAUUUCAAAUAUAUCAAAACCCGCUUUAAUCCUAAUUAAUUUCUACCAUACAAAGAAAUGUUUGCAAAGAAUCAUUUAUGAGCGAAAUAAUAACAAUCCAAGUUGGCCAGUGUGGUAAUCAAAUUGGAAGUGUAUUUUGGCCAUUAGCCUUGAAAGAACAUGGAUUUGGCAAUGAAAACAAACUACAUCAGAAGAAAUCAAUUGCUAGUAAUUCACUUCACAGCUUCUUCCAUUGUCCUUCCAAAAUAUCGGAGUAUUCUACAAUUGCCGACUUGAAAAGAGGAAACGUCAAAGCUAGAUGUAUUUUGAUUGAUAUGGAAGAGAAUGUUGUUGACCGAUAUAAAAGAAGUGCUUUACGUGAUUUAUUUGAUAGUAAAUGCUUACUAACCAACCAUCCUGGAUCUGGUAAUAACUGGGCUGUUGGACAUUACGAGCAUGGGCGAGAUCAGUUGAACACCAUUCUGGAAAUGAUUAGGAGAUCUGCCGAAUGCUCAGACUUUCUGCAUGGAUUCAUGUUGCUGUUCUCCCUUGGAGGAGGGACUGGCUCAGGAUUAGGAAGUGCCAUUCUGCCUCUCCUCGAGGAUAAUUUCCCUAAUAUUGACAGACUGGUCACUUGCAUUCAUCCAGGAGUCUAUAAUGAUGUUAUUACAAGCCCGUACAAUAUUGCAUUAUCUCUUCGCCAGUUGACCGAACAUGCAUCAUGCGUUUUCCCUGUUGAUAAUAAGGCACUGAUUGACAUCUGUAAUAAAUAUAACAAAACCAAAGAUAGAAUUACUACACAUCCUUAUAGAGACAUGAAUAGUCUGAUAGUAAAAAUGCUUCUACAUCUUACAAGUGGGUCUCGCUUUCCCGGGCCGUUGAAUGUGGAUCUGAAUGAAUUGGCUAUGAACAUGACUCCCUUUCCAGGCCUCCACUACCUCACAUCCAGCUUUAGUCCACUUGACUCACCCAUUCUCAAGCACAGUGAGCUGUUGACUUCGGUGUGCAGCAGAUCAGGUCAACUGCUGAGGGUGGACCCGUUGUCUGGGACUGUGUUAGCGGCCACCUUGCUUUGUCGUGGUGACAUAUCUCUCUCGUCUUCCAGAGACUUUGUCGAUCGAUUCUUGAAGAAGAGCAAAUUGGUGGCAUGGAACAGGAAUGGAGUGAAGACCGGCUUGUGCUCAGUGCCCCCGGUUGAUGCCCCCCGCUCCCUGCUCUGCCUCACCAACUCCACGUCUGUGUCAACUCUGUUCAGCGAAACGCGCCAGCACUUCGACAAGCUCUACAACAGAAAAGCUCAUACACACCAUUAUUUGAAGACUGAUGGAUUUGAAGCACAGGAUUUCGAUUUGGCUCGUAAUAGUUUGAUGGAGACUUUAGAUAAAUAUGUGAUUGCUUGCAAAAAAGUGGACAUACCUAGAAUCAAGCUGGUGUAACUUCCCAUUUUGAUUUAUUACCUGUUUCGAUGCCAUAUUCUAAUAAUGUUUGUUUCUUCAUGUCAAAAAUGCCUAAUUUUUAUAAAUGUACUUUUUUAAUCAUUGUAAACUUUGAAUGUUUUUCAUAUGUCAGAUAGUUGCCAUUGUAGAUGUUUGAAUUUUAACCUAGCCAUAGAUAGUUAAGGUGACUAUUAUUAUUAUUUAUGUGUAAGUGUACCAAUAAAGUAUUGAUAACAAUAAUAA